AUGGCAACUCAUAGGGAAUACACAGUGGGAUUGGUCUGCGCGCUGGAAUUGGAGCUAAUUGCUGUAGCGGCAAUGCUGGAUGAAAGAUACAAAGACCUUUCUAAACCCUCUGACAACAAUUCUUAUAUUCUCGGGCGUGUAGGCGUGUAUAAUGUGGUUGUGGCAUGCCCGAAAUAUGGAUUUGACAUCAAUAAGGUCGCAGGGAGGAUGAUUUCCACUUUCCCGUCGAUAAAAAUUGGCCUGACGGUUGGUAUCGGUUCAGGGGUUCCAGAAUCUGUGAGGUUAGGUGAUGUUGUGGUCAGCGAACCUACAAAUGAGCUUAGCGGAAUGGUACAAUUGGACUUUGAGGAAGUUACACUGCGAGGCAAUAUCAGAUUCACAGAAUCAUUGAACUGUCCUCCUAUCGAGCUACUCACUGCGCUCAAGGCCUUGAAGAGGGAGCAUGCAAUAUGCGGCUCAAAAAACCCAGAAUAUCUCAAGUACCUAGAGUUCCUCCGGCCUAAUUUUGUACCGAAACAUGCCCGACUUGAAUGUUUAAGAGAUCGGCUCUUCAAAGCAGACUGUCAACAUAUUUGCAAUCCUCCUUUUGAUGACGCCAACGCUGGGGCCCAAGAUAAAGGCAAUAUUGAAACGGAAGAAGAAGAAGAUCAUUGCAUCCACUGUGAUCAAACCAAAAUUAUCCACAGAGAACCACGGGGCAUGCGCGUCCACCACGGCCUUAUCGUCUCUAGUAAUCCAGUGAUCAAGGAUGCGUUAACUAGGGACAAUAUUAAUACAAGAUUUGGCGGCAAUGUUCUCUGCUUUGAAAUGGGGGCAGCAGGGUUGAUGGAUGACUUCCCAUGCCUUGUUAUCCGAGGGAUUUGUGACUAUGCCGACUCGCAUAAGAACAGAGGCUGGCGGGAUCGUGCAGCACUUGUUGCAGCAACCUUUUCCAGGGAACUUAUCUUAUUACUACCAGCGCAAGAGGUAGAGCAGAUGCCUACAAUCCAAGAACGGGGGGGAAGCCUACUCAGAGAUGAAAUAUGUUCUCAUCAACAGAACCAAGAGUAUCAGACUAAAGACACUUUCGAAUGGCUACUAAAUUCAAGUGAAUUUCAACACAAUGCUAAAGAUCAGAUACUGUGGCUUCAAGGUACUCCAGGGGCGGGAAAAAUGAUUAUUUCUUAUGAGCUAGCCAUGCAGCAAGUUCAGGAACAGGUAUAUGAACAUCAAAAGCUUGCUAAUCAGGUUUUGUCAUUCAUUUCCUCUGCUAAUAGACCCCUGACACCUGCUGAGCUUCAACAUGCCAUUAGUAUUGAGGAAAAUUCUGAUGAGCUUGGUAAAAACAACGUUGCAGAUAUUGAGCUUAUACUUUCUGUAUGCGGUGGGCUGGUAACUGUUGAUAACGAGAGAAACACCAUUGAUUUGGUUCACUCUAGUGCACAGGAAUACUUAGAGCUGAAUCGGGAACGCUGGUUCCCUAACUUCCAUACUGAUAUAGCAAACUCAAAGGAUGGCGUGUCCGAAAUUUCUGCAGAGGUCUCGCUGUGGUCAGCUUUUGAAACGGAUGAUAGCGAAUCGUCAUUUGGUGGAUUACAUGUUUCCCGAGAGGCUUGCGAGAAAUUAGCGGAGGUCCUGUGCAAAGACAUAGAUCUUCGCACACUUUACUUGGAAGCGUUGACACUUCUAGGGAAGGGAAGAUUUUCCAAAAACCACGAUCAAAUUCUAAAAAGAUUUUUUAAGUCACUGAGAUCAGAGGUGGACGAUACCCUUCACUUGCAAACUAUUCGCUUACUCCGUUACGCCUCUUCAAGAGAACAAAUAACUGAGUGGAUUCUCAGGCUUUGCGUUCCAUCUCCAGACCUGGAAACACUGCGAUCAAGACAAAAAUUUCUUGAUCAGAAGGAAUUUCGAGAUGAGAUCCUGAACCGAUUCUUGGAAGAUCAAGCCGUUGGCUUGCAUGAUAAAGGCGACAGGAAAAAUCAACUUGAUCACGAAAUAAGCAGUGAAAACAGUGAGGAUGAUGAUGAAGCAAGUAGUGAAGAUGCCGAGGAUGGAAACGGGCCAAUCCGAUUUGAGCAGCUUCAGGCAAUAAUUUCUUUUCUAACUAGAGGACCAUCUUAUGAGGACCUAAAGUCCGACCUCUACUUACUUGUUCACCCGCCUACAGGCAUACCAGAAGCUAUCCAGUUGGGUGGUGUCAGAAGUUUGAGGAAAUUGCUUGAGAAACGAUUCAGCGAGAUUGUUACAGGCGAAUACGCAUGGAUAAAGGAACUUAGUGAAGCAGGUUAUUCCUACUACGAGAUUUCGGAGCUCCUGUAUCAAGACGAAACCGAUACACCUUGGAUCUACUUCGAGCUCGAAGCUCCCAGCCCUCUCGAGAUGAGCUUCAAACGCAGUCUUUCUGUCUCGAAGGACCAACAGGGUCCGAAGAACUUCAAAAGCUGUGCGGUCUGGGGAGUUAUUCCUGCAUCUCGCGAUCCCAGCAAAUGGAAUGGCGCUGUCACAUUCAAAGAAAAAAACACUGUUGCCGUGGUAUCAAUCACAACCGCACUUGACUGGUCCUGUGCCGCUGCUGGAACUAUGCAAACGUCCGGUCUCUGCUGUGACUGCUUUACCGUUAUUGUACACCGCACUCAUGAACCGGAGUUUGACGAAGAACUGACGCCAGUCAGUCUCUACCGAAUCAACUUUGACUCGGUUCUUGAAGUACUAGCUGAGCUCAAGGGCAUAUCUUCAUCCGACCACAUUGCCCAGUCGAAAUUAACCAACAUCUUGAGGCUAUUACAUGAUAUUUUAGAUCCCAUAUUCCAGGACUUCCAAGGAACCUUCCAAUCUAACGACCUAGAGGCGUCUUUACACUCGUUGUCUCUGGCAGUUCAAUUCAUUUCCUUGGGUCUCCUUUCCUAUAAUCAGGGCCAUGUUGGACCCAUUCAGCCAUUUUUCCUGGAUACUCCCCAGCGCAAGAUUCUCCUCGCAGGUAGCAAACUUUGUGAGCAUCAUUCAGAUGGUAUCAUAGCAGAGUUGAUGAACCUUACAUGCAUUGGUGAUAUGGUUGGCGGCCCAGUCCUGUCAUUCAAGAUAGCCCAGUUAUCAAUGGAUGGCCCAUACCUUCAGGAAGAAAGAAAAUUUGAUCUUAUGGCUACUGCUGAGGAUUUACUCGAUACUUGGGGCCCUGGCGGUUUCAUUGUUCAUCGGGACACUGGUGCCUCUCCAUGUGCUAUAAAAUUAUGUGGCGGCAUCAUCUACGCUACCAGAGAGAAUACCCCCAAAUAUCACUGGAGUCCUUCCACACAAGUUGGACAAUUUUAUCCGGUCCAUAUGAAUCCACAAAGCAAAAUAUGCAUAGGUUCGCUUGUUACGAUAAAUUCAUACUGCAAUAUUAACGAACGGGAAUGCUGGGAGAGAUCAUCUUGUGCUUUCGAGAACCUCGACGUGCAUGACGAUUUUUGGACAUAUGAUGAAAACCAGACUGGAUUCCAGGCUGGCAAUUACGUUCUGCUCCAAGCUAAUAUAACUAGGCAUAGGCUUUCAGGCAAGACUUUGAAGAAAGUCAUUCUUGAAUGGGAAACGGAGAUGCUCAUUCCGGCUCUAAACUGUUUAUGGGGCCUCCAGGUGAGCUUCUGUACUGGAGUCACAAAACGAGUACCCCUUCGAGAACUGAUAGCUGAUGUGCUACCAACCUUUACCAACACUUUCAUUCGGGAACGGGCGCGAUGGGUCGAACUUGAGGAACAAUACCACAUUCUGGACGCUUUCCGGAAAGACGAUUUCCAAGGGUGGCUCGCAAAUUUACCGCCUAAACUUUACAGUUACGUUAUACGCGUUGUACGAAGAAUAAUUCGUACUCUUCAGUCUACUGGCAUAGACCCAGAGGGGAGAUAUCUGUCUGUCGCAUGGCCAUAUGAUAGCCCUCCCUUUCGCUGCUUCCGAAUUUCAUGCCAUGACAGAGAAAACUCGUGGGCCCGUGUCCUUGCCGAUUCCGAAGACUGCGCUACAUUUGCGUACAUUUCAACAAAAUGUUUAGUGACCAACAGAGUACAGUGCCAGGGCCCGUCCCCGCUCUGGCGCAGCACCACCCCGCUGCUACAAACGGCUAUAAUUCGUCAUAACGGCAAUUAUCCGGGGUCAUUAGAAAGCAAAAGAACGCAUUUCUUCAAGAAGCCCGACUCCCUGUUGAAAGUAAUGGUGGAGAGGCAAGGAGAUUCAGGCGCCAUCACUCUCCUCGUCGCACCAAGCACAGUGCCUGCACGAGUGCAGCAGAGGCUGUACAGGUUGGACAUGAUGAGGAGUCAAUGA